AUGACGCCUCCAGGACUGUGCAAGAGGGACCGGAAGCUGCUGCUGGAGGCUGUGGAGGUUUUGCAAAAUAAAAUUUACUUUGCGCGUUUUGUUGCAAGUCCUCAUGACACUCUCGGACUUCAUUUCUUUUCCACUGAUGACUUGUUCAUUUACGAGCCCUUUUUCCUCGACUUCGGGCCCCUCAACCUCUCCUGCAUCUACAGGUACUGCUCCCUCCUGAAGGCCAAACUGGCGAACCCGCUGCUGCAGGGGAAGGCGCUGGUGCACUACAGUUCGUACUCGCCGCAGCACGUGACGAACGCGGUGCUGCUGCUGUGCAGCUUUCUCGUUGCAGCAGCAGGAAAGUCUCCAGAUGAAGCUCUCGAGCCUUUUUUAAAAACUAAUAUUUAUUUGGCUUCUUACAGAGACGCCACUUAUUCCCAGUGCAGCUUCCGCCUCACAGUGCUCGACUGCCUCCAGGGCCUCGCCUACGCCAUGCAGCUGGGGUGGUUCAGCCUGUCUUCCUUCAACCAGGCGCAGUAUGAACACUACGAGAGGCUGGAAAAUGGAGAUAUGAGUUGGGUAAUUCCUGGGAAGUUUUUGGCGUUUAGCUGCCCGUCAAUAGGUGCUGCUGCGAUGUGCCCGCGGCGCAGCAGCGACUGCAGCAGCAGCAGCAGCAGCAGCAGCAGCGGCAGCAGCAGCAGCAACGGCGCCUGCAACCCCUCCUACUAUGUCCGCGUCUUCAAGAAACUUAACAUCAAACUUGUCAUUCGACUCAACAAAAAAAUGUAUGACUCCGAAGUCUUCAAAGAGGCGGGCAUAGACCACCAAGACCUUUUCUUCGUCGACGGCACCUGUCCCCCCAGAGAUAUUAUGGACAAGUUUUUGAAGCUUUGCGAAGCAUGCGACGGCGCGGUGGCUGUACACUGCAAAGCCGGACUUGGCCGGACGGGUUCUCUGAUUGGCUGUUACGCAAUCAAGAACCACAAAUUUCCGGCACUUCCUUGGAUUGGGUGGAACAGAAUUUGCCGCCCAGGAAGCGUCUUGGGCCCCCAGCAAUACUUUUUGUGUGCCAUUGAAAAUGAACUCAUGAAAAGAGAAGCAGCUCCAGGCUGUCCGGCUGUGCGGCAGCCCCCACGAGAAAGAGUUUCAGAAGAUGCGGAGCUCGAGACGUUGGCCCUCAGCAUGAAGGACAUGCAACUUGAAGACAGGCGAAUUGCGCAGCAUGGAGACGAGGGACAGGGCGAGCGGCUUAUGGAGGCAAAGAGAAGGUCGAAGCCAGCGCUGGGCUGCAGCGCGAACGGCGAAGCAUCGCAGGAGCCCCAAGACGAGAGGGCUGCUUUCCGCAGUGAUUCUGCUGCUGCUGCUGCUGCUGCUGCUGCUGCUGCUGGGGAUUUGUCCACCUCCUCCCGCUUCGACGCAAUAGUGCGCAGCAAAAUUGUGGGGCCGCUGGUGCCCUCGUUCGCAGCAGGCGCAGCAAGUGGCCGGAAGGGCGGCAGCAGCUGCCACGGGCCUGCAGCAGCAGCAGCAGCAGCAGCAGCAGCAGGAGGCCCCUCCUCCGGCAUGUGCGUCGCUUCCUCCUGUAGGCCCGCUGGAAGCAGAUCCCGAAAUGAUGUCUAG